AUGUCAGAAAAACCAGAAGUUCGUUUUGAGGAAGCAGAGAGACGCAAGGGGCUGAUUCUGACUCUAACUGCUAUUCUCUGUUGCACAUUAUGUUUUGUCGUUCGACAUUAUACGGCACUACUUAGUUUAGUGGUUAUUCUGACUGUGUUUUUGUUAAGUGGAGACAGAUAUCAAUGGAUUUAUAUCUGCAAGAAGACUUUCUUUCGGGAUCUACUAGGUCUCCGAGUUCUCUUAGCCACGAUGUUUCGUAUUUGGCUAUGGGAGCGCAAUGGCACAACUGUGGUUACCAGGUGGGAGGAAGUAGCCAAGAUGACGCCAGAUAAACCAGCAUUUAUCAUGGCUGACAGAUCUUUGACGUUCAGAGAGGGUGAUGAACUUAGCAACCGAAUAUCAUGGUACUUCAAACGCCAAGGGUUCAAACGUGGUGAAGUGAUCGCCCUGUUUAUGGAGACACAACCAGAAUAUGUCUUUCUCUGGCUCGGUCUGGCGAAACUGAGAGUUACAACUGCAUUGGUGAACACCAAUUUGCGGGGGUCUCAGCUGAUCUACUGUUUGCGGAUCGCUGGGUGUAAGGCUGUGAUCUUUGGUGCUGAGAUGGCUGAAGCUAUAAAAUCUAUCCAGAACGAAAUACCAGAUAUACCGCUAUUCCAAUUCAACCCGCCAGGCGAAGAGUCAGCUCCAAUACUCCAGGACACAAUUCCUCUAUCUACUGAGCUGACUGAAAUGUCUUCCGAGUCCUACACAGACCCUGAACCAGCCAAACCCAGGGAUACAUUGCUAUACAUCUACACGAGUGGUACUACCGGGUUCCCGAAGGCAGCCAUCAUUACGAACAUAAGAUACCUCCUAAUACCACUAGGAGUGCAUAACUCAGCGCAGCUCUCUUCGUCUGAUAUCGUCUACGACCCCCUACCACUACAUCACACAGCGGGCGGCGUUCUCGGCGCCGGUCAAUGUAUCGUUUUGGGCUGCACCGUGGUACUGAGGAGGAAGUUCUCCGCUAGUAACUAUUGGAAGGAUGUGGCGAAUUAUAAAUGCACGGCCGCGCAAUAUAUUGGUGAAAUAUGCCGGUACCUUCUCACUGUACCACCGUCAGCGUAUGACACAGCUCAUACUGCGAAGGUGUUGAUUGGAAAUGGGCUCCGGCCCCAAAUAUGGGAAGAGUUCGUCAAGAGAUUCAAUAUUGAACGCGUACUGGAGUUCUACGGCGCUACUGAGGGGAACAGCAAUCUUGUGAAUUUGGACUCAAAGGUUGGAGCCAUCGGAUUUCUGAGUCGCACCGUUUCAUCAAUUUAUCCUUUAACAUUAGUCAAGUGCGAUGAAAUUACGGGUGAAAUACUGAGAGAUGAGAACGGAAGUUGUAUCACGUGUGGACCUCACGAACCCGGUCUGCUCUUAGGAAAAAUAGAGCCUAAAAAAGCGAUACUAACAUUCGCUGGCUACGCGGACAAGACCGCGUCAGAGAAGAAGAUGGUAAGAGAUGUAAGAGUGAAAGGAGACUGUUACUUUAAUACAGGAGAUAUUCUUGUGAUGGACCAUUUCGGAUACUUUUAUUUUAAGGAUCGGACUGGUGAUACUUUUAGAUGGCGAGGGGAAAAUGUAUCUACAGCUGAAGUGGAAGGGGUGAUCAGUAACUUAAUCGGGCUGAAAGACGCCGUUGUUUAUGGAGUUUCUAUACCGAACAUCGAAGGCCGCGCAGGUAUGGCAGCAAUAGCGGAUCCAGAAAAGAAGUUAGACCUGGAAUCUCUCGCGACCGGCAUCAAGACAUCCCUCCCAGCCUACGCCAGACCGUUAUUUCUACGGAUACUACCAGCACCCCCAUUAACAGCGACGUUUAAGCUCAAGAAGAAGGAAUUGGUGGAACAGGCGUUUAGUUUAGGAACUGAUCCUGUAUAUUUUUUGGAUCAGAAGUCUGGGAAGUAUGUACCGUUGACACAAAAGAUGUAUGAUGAUAUAAUGCAAGGUAAUAUUCGGCUGUGA